AUGAGUUACAUCAAUCUGGCCAUCGUGCUGCCCGGCUCCCCCAGCAAGACCCGGGGGCAGAUCCAGGUGAUCCUCAGACCCAUGUUCUCAGGGAAAAGCACGGAGCUCAUGAUGAGAAUCUGGCGCUUCCAGAUCGCCCAGGACAAAUGCCUGGUCAUCAAGUACGCCAAAGACACGUGCUAUAGCAGCAGCUUCUCCACGCAUGACCGGAACACCAUGGAUGCCCUGCCGGCCUGCAUACGCCGGGAUGUGGCCCAGGAGGCCCUGGGUGUGGCUGUCAUUGGUAUCGAUGAAGGACAGUUUUUCCCUGACAUCGUGGAGUUCUUUGAAGUGAUGGCCAAUGCAGGCAAGACAGUGAUCGUGGCAGCACUAGACGGAACCUUCCAGAGAAAGGCUUUCGGCAGCACCAUGAACCUGGUGCCCCUGGCCGAGAGCAUGGUGAAGUUGACUGCUGUGUGUAUGGAGUGCUUCCGAGAAGCUGCCUACACCAAGAGGCUGGGCCUGGAGAAGGAGGUGGAGGUGAUUGGCGGAGCAGACAAGUACCACUCCGUGUGCUGUCUGUGUUACUUUAAGAAGUCCUCGGUCCAGUCUGCUGGGCCAGACAACAAAGAGAACUGCCCGGUGCCGGAACAGCCUGGAGCGGGCCUCAGCUGUUAG